CUUCUCAGCACAACAACAGCGGGAAAACCAUGGACCGAGAAGCUUUGCGAGCUGUUACGUUUUUUCCUAAACCUGAAUCCUUCGAAGUUCAUGAAACCUUACGCUACUUGAGCGAAACCGCACCGUUUUACGGAUCCCUUCUUGGAGCCCACUUCUCACUUUCUUCUGUUUCUGUCCCGGAGCUCGUCAACCUGCCCAGCAAUGGUGCUGUUUUGGCCGAUUUAUCGGGGAAUUUGGGGGAUGGUACCCAGAAGGAAGCCGAAAUUCCUCCGGUUCUUGACGGAAUAGCUGCGGUUGUUGGCCAACACGUUCUCUUUGGAGGGAAAAAGAGUGGGAGCAGCUGUGAUGGUGGCGGGAUUUCGGGGUUCGUGCCGGUUUCGCAGCGCUUCGGUGCCGAAAAGACAGUGGUGGAUAAGAAAAAUAUCGGUGACGUUUCCGUGCAGAAGAGCUAUAGAGGAGUGAGAAAGCGGCCGUGGGGGAGGUGGUCGGCGGAGAUUCGCGACAGAAUCGGGCGCUGCAGGCACUGGCUGGGCACGUUCGACACGGCGGAGGAGGCAGCGCGUGCAUACGACGCGGCGGCGAGGCGGCUCAGAGGGUCGAAAGCUCGGACCAACUUCGAGAUCCCCUCGGUGUUGCCUCUCUCAUCCCCAUCUUCUUCGUCGUCAUCAUCUGAAAUGAAGAGGAAUAUGAGUAGUAAGCCUAAGGCGCAGAAUAGAAGAAAGUGCUCAGUAGUCACUUCUGUUGCUCAUCUCUUCAGUUCUAGUUCUAUCCCUUCCACCACUGAAGUUAAGGGAAAAGUAAAUGUGGAGCUAGAUUUGAAGCUGGGUGUCAAUUUCAGUAACAGAAAUGCUGCAUCAGUGCCUCUUUCACCUUCUACAUGAUCCCUCUAUAUCUUAGUUUCUACUUCUUUUCUGUUCCUUCUUUUUCCGUUCUUUGUAUUUUCUUUUGUUUUAUUUGGAACUUUGGUUCUUAACGGCUAUGUCUCACCCAUGGACUGUGUUUCCCUUGUGCAUGGCUGUGCAUGAUGAAAGUUGCAGUCCAUGAGUCAGGAGACUUGGGAAGAUGAAUACGACACAAGUGUAGUAAAAAACACUUAGCUCUCUC